GAGGCAUGUCAUUAAGAAAAGCGGCUUUGUGCUUUGAUAAAUUAAGCUUAAUCUUCGAAUUCUUUAGAAGAACAAGAGGCAAAAAAUUGUUUAAGAGCUUGUUUUGUGUUACUUUUUGUGAGAAUUUUCACCACCUACGUAAAGUGACACAGCCCGGAGCAUUAUUAUUCAAAAUAUCAAGGAAUGACAUGGUGUACUUAAUUGACAAUCUGUAAGUGGAUCGGACAUAGAACUUACAGUCCUUUGGGGGUGCUAUUUAAUACGUCGCGAGGAAGAGGUCUAGGUAGGAUUCUUGGGCAAAUCGCUUCAAAAUGAGCGAGAAAACCCCUCGAAGGAUGCCAGUUCAAAUCACGGCCGAAAGGCUUGAUUAUAAGGAAAGUGUAGCUCGUAGUGAAAACAAAAGAGUAAGAAAUCGUCUGGAGUUAAACAAGGGGACGCUCACCGAUCACGAGAGUACCAACUUGAGUUCGAUGAACUACGAAAUGAGGAGGCUGAAGCAUGAGUUAAAAGGUAUCAAGCAAACUUCUGGGUAUCUUAUUGUAAAUAAGGAAACUAGUGAAGGUUUAGAGAGAGGAAACUUGGGUCAAAGGAGUAGAAGACGACAUAAGCCAAGAGUCGCGAAGAAAAAACAUCGUGUAACGCAAGAUGCGGGAUACAUGCCACGAGUUGAGGAAAAAGCUAUACGUUAUAGUAAAGAUUUAGUCAAUACAGAUCAACUGCCAGUUCUAUCAAAUAUUUCACACACUACUACAGAAAAGCAAGUGUUACUAAAAGGACAAGACGCUAGCGAAUUGAGCAAUGCUGUAUUGAAAAUUCCAGACAGUUCAAAUGUCAACAGAACCUUGGAUACAACAACUAUUAAACACAACACUAACACAUCAUUAACAAGCGCUUGUGACAAGAACUCUAGCGCGCCGGUAAAAAUGAAACUUUCAGGGGAAAAUAGAGAAGAAUAUGGAACAAUAACUCAAGAAAAACUUAUUCGGCCUAGCUCAAGGGAAAUGACAAAGUCUGAUACAAUUCUAGGUUUGGAUGUGGACGCUGCGAGAGGUCGAAUUCAAAACAGACUCACAGCCAGUUACGAAAAUUCAGAUCAAACUGCGGAUGAUUCUGAUUUAAAUCCUUACAUGCAUGUCCCACCAGACGGCCUUCCUAGAACAGUCUAUUUACUACCGCCGCUAAAGGAUUUAUUUGCCGAAGCUAAAAAAGCAAGAUAUAUCCGAAAAUUACGAAAACCACACAUGGUAUUAGACGAAGACGACCCGGAGAGAGAACUGAACAUAGAUGAAAUAUUCAGAAAAACAUAAGUUUGAUUUUAUCAAUUUUUUUCAUUAGAAACUUAGAAAUUUGAGAUCGAGCUAAACGUUAAGUGAAUUUAGCGUUGCCAUAAUAAUUUAUCUAGUAGCUUUAACUUUAUUUUCCUUCUGUAUAAUUAUUACAUGAUUAUUUUUAUCGAACACAAAGUAAAUUCCAAAAAUCACAAAAAGAUUGAGAGGCAAAGCAGCUUUGUUUUAUAAACAAAUUACUAUUGGAACAAAAUUAAAAAUAUUUUUGUACAUUUCGGAAGAAACACACUCGAGUCGUCAUUUUUUCCGUUUUCGAGGUUUUCCUGAAGCGUUUACAGAUUGUCAACCAAAAUAACUGACCAAAAAGGUGUUAAUUUUUUUCCAACUUUAAACUUCAUAUUAAUAUUUAAUACAUUAAUUAGAUCGAAUUUUUUCCCCAGCGAUUAUUUCAUAUCUGCGAUUAAUUUUCGUGUUGCUGUACAUGAAUAAUGUUUACACAGUCCGACAGGCCAUUUCAAGGCAAUAAAGGUACAGAAUCCAAA